AUGGCAGAAACAGCUAACAUCAUUGCUUUUAAAAAAGCAGUGCGUUCUAUUUCUAUAUUGUUGUGUGACGAGCUAUUGGAAAUAUGUGAAGAGGAAUCGAAGAAGAAAAAACGAAAAGUUUGGAUAAGAGAUUGGAUGGAUAAAAAAAAAUGUGGAGCAUCACAAACAAUUAUAAAAGAACUGCAUGACAAUGACCCACAAGAAUUUAGAUCUAUGAUUAGGCUAACACCAGAACAAUUUGAAGCGUUGUUGAUUAUGAUAAGUCCAAUCAUUACCCUUGAAGACACUUUUAUGCGUGACGCUCUACCGGCCAGGCUAAAGCUAGAAAUGACAUUAACAUUUCUAGCUUCAGGAAUGAAUUUCAGAAUGUUGUCAAUUAUGUUUCGUGUUUCUAAAUCAUCUAUUUCAAAUAUGAUUCCUGAUGUGUGUGAUGCCAUCUACUCAGUUUUGAAAGAUUACAUAAAAGUGCCAACUUUAAAAGAAUGGCAGAAAAUUCAACUUGGAUUCAAUGAAAUAUGGAACUUUCCUGGAUGUUGUGGAGCUAUUGAUGGAAAGCACAUAGUAAUUAAAGCACCUCCAAGUGCAGGGAGUGAAUACUACAAUUACAAAGGCACAAACAGUAUUGUUCUUCUUGGCAUAGUCGACCACAACUAUUGCUUUAGUUAUAUUGAUGUCGGAUCCUAUGGACGAAAUGCAGAUGGUGGUGUAUUUCAACAGUGUGACUUAUAUCCUUUACUGGAAAAUGAGUCAUUAUUACCCAAAGGAGGAGUUCUAGUGGGGGAUGAUGCCUUUCCCUUAAAAACCUACCUUAUGAAACCAUAUUCAAAGAUCAAUUUGACAAAGGAAGAAAGAGUAUACAAUUACAGAACUAGUAGAGCCAGGAGAAUUGUUGAAAAUGGUUUCGGCAUAGUAGCCAGUCGCUUUCGUAUUUUUGGUCAGCCUAUAGCAGUAAAAGUUGAAACUACCAUAAAAAUAGUAAAAGCUACAUGUGCUAUACACAACUGGUUGCGAUUAACUACACCUGCUUCUUACACACCACCUGGAUGUUAUGAUUAUGAAGAUAUUGUAAAUUCUACAAUAGUACAGGGGGAGUGGAGGUCUGAAAUAUCUAAGAUGCCAAGUAUUUUGCGUACACGAAAUUACAAUAGGCCAAAGAAAAUUGCACAACAAGUAAGAGAAACAUAUAAAGAGUAUUUCAAUGGAGAAUGGGCAGUUGAAUGGCAAGAUAGAAUGAUAUAG